CCCGGGGACAAAUUAUCACCAAAUCAAUACCAUCCCGGAGUGUAUAUGUGACUUCAUCACAUUUUUUACAGUGUACUAAUAACUUAUCCUUAGUUACCGGGUUUCUUAGAAUGUCUGUAUGUACAUAGUGAUGCAACACAUUAUGUAUGUGACAAUUCAAAAAAAUAUUUACACUUCCACCUCUAUUUACAUUUCACUUACCAGUAACUUAUUCACAUAAUAUGAGUUCCAACGGAUGGGUACGAUGACAUCACAAUUUUUUUGGGCAUGGCAAAAUGCGCAGUAGUCUCAAUUUGAGACUCUCAAAUCAAGCUGCAGAGGAUUAGUGAUAAAUACAUACAUUAUGUAUGUAUUUAUCACUACUCCUCUGAUGUAUGUACAUCUUUUUGGAGAGUACUAAAUUUAUCUCAUUCAUACGCACAUACCCAUUAGCUAACGUUUAUCCAUGGUGGAUAUAUGAAUAGCUAGCGAGAAAAUUAUUUUACUGAGAUUUAAAUAAAAUUAUCCGUCAAAAACCCCUUAAAAUUUGUAAGACAUCAGUGUAAGAAUUUACUGUGGGAUCCUGAUUUUCAUUAUUUUACAGUAUUAAUUGUCAGAAAUAAGAAUAGAAGUGUCUAGUUGCGGUUUGACACUCCAUGAAACUUGGUAUUGAGCGGAAUGACUUGUAUUAAGCGGUGAUACCAAUUUGGUAUGUAUACAUUCGAUAAUAAAAUAAUACUGUGCAGUACUAAGUGAAAUAUUAACCGGUAUUAAAAUUUAUACCACGGAGUGUUAAUUUAUUACCAGAUCAUUACUACGAGAUAGAGCCACAUAUUGAUGACUGCGUGAUAUUGAUUUUUUAAGAGUGCACAUACAUACCUAGCAAUGGGGAUAAGGGGAUCUAAAGGAUGCGCAAACAGAGCGUCAAAUCAGCAUUCUUCAACAGCUAAUUCCAUUAUUAAACCUUGGACGGAACAAAAUCUUGGUCAAGUUUGCGGCCACGAAAAGGGUAUUCAAGAUCGCAUACUUCUCCCAGGGUACAGAAAGGCAGACAAUUCACGUAAUGAAACUCUUAUUAGUGGACAUGUUCAAACCAUAUUGCGGGAUGAAAUCGUGAAUCCACUUCGAAAAGACUUUUUCCUUCCGGCCGGCAAAGUUAUGAAACUUCGAAAAGAAAUGGCGGUCUUUGAUGCAAAGCUAACUUCCGAGGAAAUGGAUCCCUUAGAAUUUAUGUAUGUCUUGUUCAGUGAAGUAUUGAAUUUGGAAGAAUUUUUAUCCCUGUCAUCGGGACAAUCGGAUUACUUCCAUCAAAUCUUGGUCGCAAGGGAAGGCCGAGGCAGGACUCCGACAAUUCAGCAGAUAUUUGAAGAAUCCUUGAUUGUACAAGAGCUUAAACUAAAGGGGGUACCCAAACCCGUUUUAAUUUUGCAAAUGUCAAGGACGAAUAGUUGGAAGUCGUUUGAAUAUAUCAUCCCUAGCUUGAGGAUGGACAUAACACAUCUUCUUGAGGAGGGUCCUUCCAGUGAGAAGUUUCAAAAGGAUGGAAAAUUGAAGCAAAGCACAUUUGGAAAUACUCUUCUGGGAUCAGGAGAAAAAUCUACGGUAUUUCGGAAAACAGAAUCAAAUCGUCGAGUCACGAUGGAACUUUUUGCCGUGAUAUGUAUCGACGGGCACCACGUGACAUCAUUCGUCAAAUCUGGACCAAGUCUGCAAGCACCCUGGGUAUACUUUGACUCCAUGGGACAAACUGCGACACCCGGAAGCGAUCACAUCAUUCCAAAGAUUCGCGUACUUCCGGAAAUGGGUGUAUGGCUGACCAGGUUGGAGGAUAGUCUGGACGUGAAAAAAAUAUUGCAGGAAGAAAUAUUCUCACAAGAAUUAAAACUUUUGUUGACUGAUUCUUAUAUUUAUUUAUAUUCUUAAGGAAUUAGCCAAUAGCAACAAAAAAUAAAAUAUGCUCACAAAGGUUAACAAACAUGGCAAUAGAAGAAUAAACUUUUUCCCCAGACUUCUCCAAAAUGCAGAGGAUCACGUUUUUCUUAACCACAGCAACAUUUUUUGACUGCAUAGUGUACCUGAAUUGACGAUUUACAUACCACGUAGAAUUUUUGCUAAUUAUUAAAAAAUUAGAUUAAGUUUUGCAUAUUUUGUUUCAUUUCAGACAAGGAAUAAUUGCAGAAUCUGGGGAUAAUUCAAUUCAUACGCACAAUAAAUUUCACCAGUGCAGAGAUUUAGUACAUACUAUAGCAUAAUUUUCUUCGCGUUGCUUUCUCUACUGCUCUCUGUAUGUACAUAAUAUAACCUAAAACUAAUAGGAACCAUCAAAGCCCUCAUCAGUCUGUAUCUCCCUAGCCAAAUCGUCUAAAAGUUCUUCAACCUCAUCUUUUUCGAGGAACUGACUUAGCCCACUGACCGUAAAGUUAUCGCCAUACCCAAUACCGACCACUUCAAGACCUAUUUAUAAUUCAAUAAAUUGAUUUCAAACGAA